AUGGAGGAAGCUGUGAGAGGAAGCUGUGAGCUGAGGAUUUACAGCAGCGCUGAGAGGGAGGCCAUGGACCGACUCAGCCGCAAGAUCCUCAAGAGGCCCUUGGACGAGCGCUACCAGCCUCCUGGGUCAUAUACAGGGGAGCUUCUUGGGAUGGAGUACCUUUACAGUCAGUCUGGUCGUUCGCUGACUGUAAUGGACAACCCAGAGGAAGAGGAUCGGCUGGUGGAGCUGAUGGAUGAUGAGGCGGUGCGCGAUGAAGGCUUUGUGGAGGAAGAACCCGAGGACCUGACCGUGCCCGUCCUCUUUGCUCCAGAACACAGCAGCGUCCAGCAGGCCUCCAGCCCCUCUUCCUCUGCACCGUCCACAUCCAGCCGAGGAGAUCCAUGUCAGCUCCUCAACCAGAGUCCUCUGCCUCCUCCAGGGCCGUCUCCCUGCAGCGCUCUGUCCAGCCUCCUCUACAGCCUCCUCUACAGCCUCCUCCUGUGCAGCGCCCUGCUGAUCCUCCUCUGCCUCCUCCUCUACCUCCUCCCCUGCAGCGCUCUGUCCAGCCAACUAGAGCCUCUGGUCCUGCAAGCAUCAGCUGGGUCCAGCGUUGCAGACCAGGCCCCUGCUGCAGUCCUCGGACCUGACGGCAUACCUGGGCUGGGAUAA